UCUGUCCCUUGCGGUUUUGGACAGUGAGAGCCUUCUGCGAGGUCGGGUGGGAAGGUCAAGGUCGGUGCUGACGUGUCUGCACAGAAAGAAUGUGAGCUUUGGAGGGACACCUGAGUUCGAAGCCCGGCCCCGUGCCUUGGAAGCUGGGUGGCCCGCCUCGAGCCAGCUUCGGGAGAGGGCUCCCCAGUGUGUCCGCGCCAUCUCUGCUCUGCUCCCGCAGCAUGGCAGGGAGACAGGGGACACACGGGCCUGACUUCGCAGUCCCUCCGCACAGAGGUUUGGCAUCGGGUAAGGUCGCUGGUGUCGUUGUCAUCAGUAGCCUCCCAUGUUGUGUCUCUUCCGUGUUAACCGGACGUUCCACGUGCCCUCGCUCAAUGGAUCUCUGCGGGAGUCUGAGACGGAGCUCACGGCUGGUGAUGACCUUGAGACUCAGACAAUGUAGUAGUCUGCCCAGGGUCAACCGGUUGCAGAGUGAAGACUUCCACCAAGGCCGUCUGCCUCCCAAGGCCAAGGCUGCUUUUGCUGCCACGGGCUAUCUCCCGGUCCUUGAAGUAUAAAGCGCACUGAGAUAAAUCACCGUCAUCCUCGUCACCUUCACCAUAACUGCGACUCCCCCGCUGUUCUUUAGUGCCCCCUCGCGUUCUCAUGCCCCCAGAGAAGAAGCCAAGGUUCACCCCCUUCCAUAACGUUAGUCUCUUUCUAGCCCUGCCGUCCCCGCCAGCCGAGCCACAUCCGGGGGACCAUGGCCUAUUUCGGCACCAGGGGGUGGGCAGCCAGCACGGCCAGGGCACGGCCAUGGUGAGGAGCCUGCGAGCCGUCCCUCCCUGAGGGGCACCCGGUCUAGGCCGCUGUGUACAAGGCACAGUCCUGUGUCGGUCCAGACAGGGUGCUCAGAUUCCAGGUACAACCGAGAGGCCUCGCCCCCAUGGGAGCGGCCCAGCAGUGAAGGUGCCUCCCGCACACCCUUACUCCCUUGUCCCUCGAAGUCAUGAGCAAACCACUGCUUAUCAGCGAUACUGUGGGGAGAACCUUUAUUUUGGACUCUGAGUAAUCACUGCAGUAGCACUCUUGAAUCUUCUUGGGGCUGGAGGUGGGUCUCUGGGUAGAAUGAUACUGACUUUACUCAAACUUACUAUCACAGGCUUCUGGAAAAAAUCAGCCUAGGCCUCUACAUGCAGAGAGAAGAGAAUUCACUGCCACGACUCUGGCUCUGGGGUCUUGAGCAUUGGGGUCGUUUUUCAGUGGCGAGUGACGCCUCAGUUUCCUGGUGAAAAAUGGGGACCAUAAAGGUGCAGUUUCACAGGGUCACUGUGGGAGUUCAGCAAAGUACCCAUGCGAGCACUUCCAUGCCACGGCCGGCACUCAGCCAGGGACGGGGGUGUAGACCGCCCCAGGCAGUGGCAGGGGUGGCACAGAGAGUCCCCUGCACCAGUCUCCCCCACCCGUCAGCACAGGAUCGAAACCAGGAUGCGGACGUGGGUGCAGUGUGCGUGUCCAGUUCUGUGCCACGUUUCCACGUGUGUAUAGUCAUGUACCUGCCAUUGCAGUCAACACACAUGCUGCCCCAGGCUGUCCCUCCAGCUGCCCCUUAGUGGUCACACCUGUCUCCCUCCCCGCUCAUCAUUCCUAACUCCUGGUGACCGCUGACUUUUCUCCCCAUCUCUUUGAUUUUGGCAUCCUGAUGAUAUCCUAUACGUGGAAUUACACCGCAUGUGAUCUCUUGAGGUUGGCACUUUCCACUCUGUCCUGCCCUGGGAGCCUUCCAGGGCGGCCCAUACCAGUGGCUCCUUCCGCUCAGCCCUGGUCCAGCUGCAUCCUGCGAAGUUUGAUACUAUUGUACCUUUUUGACGUGCUAAUCCCCUGAAGACCCUUUGGCCCAUAAUUAUUUGGAAUUGUGUCGUUAAGUGUGUGAGAGUUUGAAGAUUUUCGUGUUGCUUUUGUUGCCAACUUGUAGUGGACUCAUUGUAGCCACAGAACACACCCCGAGUAGUUUUGUUUCUUGUAAGUGUGUCCAGGGUGGCCGCGUGGCCCAGGGAGUGCCCCCUUUGCAUCUGUGCCACGGGCCUGGGAAGAGAGUGUGUAAGCUGCUGCCAGGCAGGGUGUCGUGUGGGGGCCAUCAGCCCCUGUGGGGUGGCAGGGUGAGCUCCCCUGCUCCCCUGCUGGCUUUCUGUCCAGCUGCUUGCUUGUCACUCAGGGAAGGGUGUUGAAGGCCCCACUGUGCUCGUGGGUCUGGCUUCCCCUCAGUUUUGUCACUAGUUGGGCAUGUGUGCGUUUAGGGUUGCUGUGUCCUCAGUGGAUUGACCCUUAGGGUUGCUGUGUAACAUCCAUCUCUGUUCUCCAAUGUCUGCUUUGUUUGAUACUAACGGACUCACUCCUGCUUUCUUUGGUUAACCUUUCAAUGGCGUCUCUCUUUCCAUCCUUAUACUUCACUAACUAUCUCGCUAGGUUAAAAUCAGUUUCUUGUAGACAGCAUGUGGUUGGCCAUGUUUUUUAAGCUACUUUGCCCGUUUCUGUUUUCUGGGUGGUUUGUUUGGAUCAUUUAUAUUUAAUGUAAUUUUGAUAUGUUAGAAUUGAAGUCUUCCAUUUUAUGUUGUGUGUGUGGCCUCAUUACCCCUGUUCAGUGAAGUCCUGACCCCCCCCUCCACAGGCCUCCUCUGACCAGCCCUGUCCCCCAGCAAGGAGGGGGCAGGGAGCCUUGCUAUGGCCUGGCAGGGUUGGGGGCUGGGCUCUGCACUCAGCCCUCGCUGACAGGGAUGGAACCAUGCUGCGUUGUACAGGGUCUGCCUGAGGUAUAGCCGUUAUUGUCCAUUAAUUUUCUGCCUGGUGAGGUUGCCCCCUUCCUGCUGGGGAGAGGAGGCUUUCCUGUCUGUGCCCGCGGGCUCGUCCAGGCUAUUGACUUCCCCCUUACUCCAUUGAGUGCACAUGAGGCACAAGGAGAAACUCUGCGGUCAUUUCUUGGGUCCUGAGCUGGUCUGCUUCUUCUCUCCACCCUUCUGAGCCUCCUUAUGUUUGCCUUCCGUACAGUAUCCAAGGUUUCUCACUGUGCAAAGCAGGCAGAACAGGGAACAGUGAAUGUACUCCCUAUUUCCGGAAGCAGAAUUACCAUCAUAUGAUUUCUUCUCCUUCCCAACGAUUGUGCAUGAGCUGACUUACUGAUUAAACCCUCACUGAGUGCCAGGGACCUCUCAUGCCCCAGAGCACUACUGGCCAACCGUGGGCACGUGACCAACCUGCCAGCCCUCUUUGGGUGCAUGCUUUGAGUCGGCUGGCCAGUGGUGGUUUUGUUCAGACACUGUUCCUCUUUCUACACACCACGAGUGCCCAGAAGGGAGAAGCUGGCUAGUUAGGCUGCAGGCGAGGCUGGAAGUCAGUUGACCGCACUAGCUGACUGCGUGCGCGCUUCCCCCUGCGGCUUGUGAGUGUACUGAACCUCCCACUCUCUGGGCUGAGGGGUCCACGGCCUGGGAGACGGCUUUCUCAAGUGAGCACAUGGAAAACAAAAAUGAAAGAUGCCCCGCCAUCGCUGUUUCAUAAAGGGUGAUUCGCUGCACACGCAGAAAUGCGACGUGGAUCUCAUGCGAACAAAGCUUCGGCGCCUAGAAGAGGAAAACAGCAGGAAGGACCGGCAGAUAGAGCAGCUUUUGGACCCAUCCCGAGACCCGGAUUUUGUCCGGACCCUGGCAGAGAAAAGGCCUGACACCGGCUGGGUCGUUAACGGGCUAAAGCAGAGGAUUCUCAAGCUGGAGCAGCAGUGCAAGGAGAAGGACACCACGAUCAACAAACUGCAGACUGAUAUGAAGACCACUAAUUUGGAAGAGAUGAGGAUUGCCAUGGAGACUUACUACGAGGAGAUUCAUCGUCUCCAGACUCUCUUGACAAGCUCCGAAACUGCAGGAAAGAAGCCUCCAGGGGAGAAGAAAAUGGGCCUCAAAAGGCAAAAAAAAGUGAGCAGCGCCCUCCUGAGCUUGUCCCGGAGCGUCCAGGAGCUCACGGAAGAGAACCAGAGCCUGAAGGAAGACCUGGACCGCGUGCUGAGCAACUCCCCCACCAUGUCCAGCGUGAAGGGUUACGUGGAAUGGAGUAAGCCCCGGCUGCUUAGACGGAUCGCAGAGCUGGAAAAAAAAAUAAGUUCGAUGGAAAGCCCCAAGUCACACACUUCAGAAGUGGUCAAGUCAAACGCCGUGGUGCACUCUGCGUCCAGCUCCACUGUGCUCAGGCAGCCGCGAGGCGACCGGCAGGAGGACAGUGAGAGCGAGCGUCUCCGGGGGACCGUGCAGAGCCUGAAAGGCGAGCGGAACGCCCUACAGCUGCAGCUGCAGGAGAAAGAGUUGGAGGUGAAGCAGCUGCUGCAGGCCAAUGCUGACCUGCAGAAGGAGCUGGAGGAUGUGAAGGGAGGCGAGGAGGAGAGAAGAGGGAGAGAGGAGGCUCUGAGGGAGGAAAUUCAAAUACUUACGAAGAAGUAUCAAGAACUAGAAGAAAUCAGGAGAGAAGAGAGAGACGACCCCAUGGAGAGGAGUCCUGAGACCUCAGAAGAACCCCGACCUUCCCUUCCCACCAGCAGGCCCUCUCCGCAGGACUGUGAGCCAGAUACAAGUGAGGAGGGUUCCCGGCCCCCCUCCACCUGCUCUGAGGGGCGAAGAGACACGGCGGCCAGGAUCCUGCAGACCCGGUGGAAGGUGUACCGACACCAGAAAAAAAAGGCUAUUCUGACGGAGGCGGCCAUGGUGCUCCAGGCAGCGUUCAGGGGACACCUAGCGCGGGUGAAACUACUGUCAAGCCAGCUGUAUGCUUCAGAACCCCCCGGCCCUCCCAGCCCGCCCGGCCAGGACCCUCCGCCACCGCGUGUUCCGAGCCCCGCUGUCCAGGCCAAGGAUGACCCGGGGCAGGAGGAGGCCAUCACUGCCAUCCAGUCCAUCCUCCGGGCACACCUGGCACGGGUCAGGCACAGUGCCUCCGGUCAGAGAACCGCCACUGCAGCUCCUAGGAGGAGGAGAGCCGCUCUGGCCGCCCCCCGCCAGCCGCCAGCUGCGCCCUGCCCUGCUUCCCCUGGUCAAGGGGACAGCGACGCGAGCAGCAGGGAGACCGUGGAGGGCCCGGUGGCCGAGGACAAGGCGCCGGGGCCGUGGGGGCUGGGGAAGCCAGCAGCCCUGCAGCCCUGCUCUGGGCCAUCCUCUCUCUCGGGACCGCGACUGCAGCCACAGCCCACGGAGCCUCCGCCCGCGGAUGAUGGCAGCUCCGACGACUCAGAUGAGAUUGUCGUCGCUCCGGUGCUGCCCGCGAGGAAGACCGCCUCCCCGCCGUAGGCCCUGGCCCUGGGCUCUCACGCUGCGCCGGCUCUGCCGGGGAGCUCAGGGUUCAGAGGACGAGGCGCGUUCUAGAGGACAUAGUGACCAGAAUUGGAAAGUAAUUUGUCUCGUUAGAGAAGAACUAGCUACCCCACAGCUCCGUGCUGUCUUUGGCUUUUCUCUGUGGUUUGGUUUUGUCGCUUGUCUGGUUGUUUGUGUAGGAAUCCUGAAGCCUUUGCUUCGUCUCUGGGCUGGUUUUCAGGGUCAGCCGGACAGACGCAUGUGCCCGGGAUGGGGACAACCACGAGCCCUGCAAACACACUUGCUGGGUAGCGGCUUCCUGGCCACCAUUGGCCCUGAGCCGGGAAGAGCUGCCCUGUCUGGAGCCGCCCGACGGCGCCGCCUCCUCCCCACCAGCAUCUUCUACGGCACUGUGUGCUCCGACCUCCAUGCAGAAAGUAGGUCAAGCUGGACACGCUGGGGCUGUGCCUUCCGGAAGAGAGGGACGUGACAGGCCUGUAUGGGGCAGGCUCUCCCCACACCCACGUCGGGACACGAAGAUGUCAGGGCCCCAAGAUGGGCCUCGGGCUCUUCGGGCUGCUCCUUCCUGCACCUCUCCACACAGACUGUCAUCUGCCAUUAUUCCCACCCUCCGGGACACUGUCCCCCAGAGCUGUCGUGCCCAGGAAGGAGUCUGGUGGGAUUUUGUCACUGGGCAGAUUAAGCCUUAAAAAUAGCAAACUGUAAUCAAGAAGUGGCAUCAGGUGUGCUUUUGAGACCUGCAGUGGGGCAGGCUGUCCCCAGGCCCCGAGGAAGGGGCAGUGGGGAGCCCACAGGCCCUUGCUGCGUGCGUACCCUAGCUCCGCGGCCCAGGCUCUGCCGCCCAAAGCUUGCUCCAGGGCUCAGUCUCGCCCGUUGUCUGCAAGAUUAGCCCUUGCUGAUGGUAACGUGGAGAGCCUCCGGCUUGGGUGGCAUUUCAAGGGCCUCUAGAGCCCCACGUCCCCCAGGUCAGGUGUCUGAUGUCAGAAAGGUCGCUCUUGCUGGGACUGACCUUGCCCAUUGGAGCCCGGUCACACCUCGGGGAGCAUGACAUUCUCAUUGGGGAAACUCGGCCUCCUCUCUGUGGUCAGGAAGCUUCUGACUCCAGCACCAGCUAGGCAUAUGGCAGGGAGUGCUCUGCCUCGCGCCUCUACCCCGGGCGGGUGAGGGUCUCCCCAGCCCCCCCAAGUCACCGGGGCCCGCCCAGCUAGGUACUGUUCACACAGUAGGUCAAGAAAAAUUCAGCUGGGACGCUUGCUUGUGUAGUUUUUCUUCUUCGUUUGGUCUGUGGGCUGCCUCGCCGAUUCUCUUUUCUCUUUGUCUCCCACUGGCCUGAUUGGAACUUGACUGAAUUCGUUGCUGCCCCUGGCUUGUGUCGUCCAUAGGGUCUGCUCCCUGGUGACCGGACCGCCCUUCACUGGGUGCCGGGCUCGGAGCUAAGGUCAGUAGGGGCCGGCGAGCGCCAGCACACAGCUCCUCCUGCCCCUCGCACAGACAACGGGCAUUCCUGCCCACUCUUCGCUCUGAGGAGCGGGUGGCCUUGGGGGCUCAGGUCGUAGGGACAUCCCUGCCUCGGGCCUGGAGUACAAGGCCCGCUCAGGGGAAGGGUAGGGGCAGCUCCUCACGGCAUCUGGGCUGGCUUGUUCACCGUGACCAGAGGGGCCUGGCCAGCAGGUGGGGCCGAGAAGGCAAGGUCAGCCCGUGCAUUCUGGGGUUUUCCAAGGAAACAUCCUGGAGAAUUGUAAAUAUGUACACUUGUCUGUCUGCGCACCUUUGGUGCAAUGUUGUUGAUGUAUUAAAAGCAAACAGUCUCAAAGCU